UUGGUUCCUGCUUGCAACUCCCCUACUUCCCCUGUCAAGAAACGAAACCAACCAUUCCGCUCAACCUGCAGCAUCGCCAGCAAUGACUCCCCCCCUUUUUGUUCAGCGUGAGAAUAAUUGAAACCAGUAACUGGAGAGCACAGAAUAAUCCUUUGGAGGGGAAAAUAAAAAGUCUGCCAGUUAUUUUGAAAGAAUAAUUUUGGCAGUGUGGCACAAAAAAGAAUUAUAUAUAUCUAUAUAUAGGUAUAUAUAUAUAUAUAAUAUAUAUAUAUAACAUUUCUAUUUUGACUUCGACAAUUGCACUUUUAGGAGCUGGCCUCUAAUUUGACUUUUCAGUUAAUUCUGAUGAGAUUUCUAUUUUAUGAUUGGCUUUAUGUUUAAUCUUUCUUUUCGACAAACGCAAUUUGAGUUCAAUGGAAACCUAAGUGCUGACAAAUAGAAAAGUUUACCAAAGCAACAAGUUAGUUAUUUCUUCACUUUUUAAAAACUUGAAUUCCCUUUUUUAUUCCCCCCCCCACUUCUUAUUUUUGAAAGAUCAGCAGUACUAUUUCUCCUGAAGGAGGGGUGUGGUUCCUUGUGUUUUUCUUUUUCUCCCCCCCCCUUCCUUUUUUGGGGGGGUUUCUUUUAUUUUUUUAAAAAUGGCUGUGAACGUUUCUUUGGUUCGUGAUACAAAAUGGCUGACGUUAGAAGUAUGUCGAGAAUUUCAGAGAGGUACUUGUUCUCGCUCUGACACAGAGUGCAAGUUUGCCCACCCGUCACGGAGUUGCCAUGUGGAAAACGGACGAGUUAUCGCCUGCUUUGACUCCCUAAAGGGUCGCUGCACUCGAGAAAACUGCAAAUACCUUCAUCCUCCGCCGCACUUAAAAACACAACUCGAAAUCAACGGACGCAACAACCUGAUCCAGCAAAAGACAGCCGCAGCCAUGUUUGCACAGCAAAUGCAGUUCAUGCUACCAGGAGCACAAUUGCAGCCAAUUACAACUUUUCCUGUGACUCCUUCGCUUGCAACUAGCCCCACCAUGGCAUUCAGCCCCUACCUAAGUCACGUCUCUCCUGGAAUGGGCUUGGUUCCUGCAGAGCUGUUACCAAAUACGCCUGUCCUGGUGUCUGGGAACCCAGCUGUUUCUGUGGCAGGGAGCUCCACUGGGCAGAAAAUGAUGAGGACAGACAAACUGGAGGUUUGCCGGGAGUUUCAGCGUGGCAACUGCACACGCGGCGAGAACGACUGCCGUUAUGCUCACCCGAUAGAUUUUGCCAUGAUAGACACAAACGAGAACACCGUGACGGUGUGCAUGGAUUACAUCAAAGGGCGGUGCUCCCGGGAGAAAUGCAAGUACUUUCAUCCCCCUGCACACCUGCAAGCCAAAAUCAAGGCAGCUCAACACCAGGUGAAUCAAACUGCUGCAGCCGGAAUGACUCAGCCAGCUGUCCGAUCACUGAAGCGACCCCUCGAGGCAACCUUUGACCCGGCGUUGCCACCUGGUGCUCUUCAACCUUUACCAAAGAGGCCAGCGCUUGAAAAAAACAAUGGUGCCACCACAGUCUUUAACCCAAGUGUUUUCCAUUACCAACAGGCCCUCGCAAACAUGCAAUUGCAACAGCCAACAUUUAUCCCUACAGGGUCUGUGCUGUGCAUGACUCCCACAGCAAGCGUUGUUCCCAUGAUGCACGGUGCUACGCCCACCACUGUUUCUGCAGCAACAUCACCUGCCACCAGUGUUCCUUUCGCUGCAACUGCUACAGCCAAUCAGAUAUCCCAGUUAUCAGUAGAUGAACUAAACAGCAGCAUGUUUGUGUCACAAAUGUAGAAGCAAACAACGGAAAACAAACCAUGUAAGAAUCAUGAACCUGAAAUCAUGGAGUUACUGGACUUUUCUCUCUUUGGUGGGAAGCUGCCCCUGGGCUCUCUCUGUAUAUAUGCUCAUCCUUUCCUCCUCUACAGCAUCUACAGUAAGCCUACUGCAGCCUACAUGUUAACCAAAAACUGGUCCAUGGGAAUGUCAAACUUUUUUUUUAAGCACUAUAGUGAAACAAUUAACAAAACAGCACUCUGUUAUACAAGGCAUAUAAGUAAGUAGAGAACUAUAACAAUAGACUUUUAUAACAUCUUACUUUAACACACUUUUUAAAAAGAAUAUUUUUUUUCCUACCAUCAAGAGAAAGUGUCCUCCUGCACAGUGGACUUACUGGUUUAUUAUUCUAUUUUCGAUGGAUAAAUGUUUGUCUGUUUUCAAAGUGUUAUCUUACUGUUUUGUUUACAUCCUAGUCUAUAUUGAUUUGUUUGGAGAGACAAAAGAAGAAAAGAUGUACAUCAUUAUCAAGUAUACUCAACACCAUUUUUUCAUUAUAAUGUCUUACAUUUUCAUAUAUGUGGUUGUUAUGGGUUUCUCCUCUUUUUUCUUUCCUUUUUAUAAGAAAAAAAAAGAAUGACAAGCUAAGAAUGUUAUACUGGGAAACAGGAAUGGUGUGCUUUUAAAAAAGCAAGAGACAAGAAUGUUCAGAUAUAGAUACGUAUUGGGCUAGUUAUUUAGAAACCUCCAUCUGAAAAAUAGACUCCCUCCAAAAUGGAGUCUCUAAUAAAUUAAUAAAAAUAAACAGUACUUGCAAAAGU